AUGAGUUUAAGGUUUGCCACGUCCUAUGCAGCUGCUAAUCCAUCAUUUGAAAUUUCGGAAAUCAUUCUUCAUGACACAGCAGAAGCUUCUGAGCAACUAGGGGCCAUUCGCCGUCUACAAGCUUCCCUUCGUGCUGCUUGGACGCAAUUCGAUCUCUCGUCAAUGAGGCUGGGAACAUUUUGCUUCAUAGACACGCUCCUCUUUACAUUCUCCUCUCUUCCUUUGACAACUGCGCAAUUCCUUGUAAGGUCUGGAUGCCUACUUCUUCAACUGUCCAUCAUCCUCGGCGGUUCCAAUGAGAAUGCUGCUGUGUCCCUGUUACUGGCUGUUCUUCCGCUAUCAACCCUCACAUCUGUGAUUCCUAUAAUCUCAGGUCUAUUUCCACUGCGACCGCCAUCAGUGCAUGUGCUUUUUGUGUGUUUAUGUGUGCUCUUGCAUUCGGUCUCAUUUCUUUCAAAUAGUUUUGUGGUUUAUGAGGGUCAUGUGCUAAGAUUCUUGGCACAAAGUGCAUUGGUUGUUUGUUUUGCUGCGAAAAUAAUCAGAGCCAAGUCAAAUCGCAAGCUAACAUCACGUGUUGCUUCGGGUGUUUCAGCAUUCUUUUCCCGAUUGCAAAUUUGGGAUGCUGGGUUGGUUAGUACUGCUCUCCUGCUUCUUCGUUUUGAACCUCUUUUUCAUCGGUGUCGAGAAGAAGAGCUAAACUGCCAGCAAUGGUUCCCCCUGAGCUUGAUAUCUUCAUUGUCUUCUGAUGCAAUAUUCUGGCGGUUCGUGUUGGCUACAGCCGUCUUGUUUUCGUUAAAUGUCUACGUCGGUCGCGUUCUGCCUGAUGCACUGCCUAACUCUCUCAAAAUUGCCAGGGCGCUAUCUUGGCCAGUCCAUACGUUCCUUACUUUCUAUCAUCUAGUUCGACUCACUCCACAAACUGACGAUAUGGAACGAAGAACGCAGUUGUUGGGAUUGGCUCUUGCGCAGGUAAGAUUCUGCUAA